AGAAGGGUUGAAGUAAAAGUUGAAGUUGAUCAAAGGACUGCAGAGAGAGAGAGAAAGAGAUCUUUGAAGAAGAAGAAGCGAUGAGUGAAGCGCAGAAAUACGUAUGGAAAGGGGCAAUUCCUCUUCAGAUUCAUCUUCAUGAAUCUGAAGUCACCACUCUUCCUCCCCCUCCACCCGCUCUCGUUUUGGCACCUAGGAUAGGGUACUUGCCUUUGUUGAUUUCUCUGUUGAAGCCUCACUUCAGUGCUACACUUCCUCCUGGAGUUGACACUAUUUGGUUUGAGUACAAAGGAUUGCCUCUCAAGUGGUAUAUACCAACUGGAGUUCUUUUUGAUCUUUUAUGCAUGGAGCCAGAAAGGCCAUGGAAUUUAACAGUACACUUUAGAGGAUAUCCAAGUAAUUUACUGCUUCCAUGUGAAGGCGAAGACAGUGUAAAGUGGAGUUUUAUUAACUCACUGAAAGAGGCUGCAUAUGUAAUAACUGGGAAUUGCAAGAAUAUCAUGAACAUGUCUCAAACUGAUCAGGCGGAUCUCUGGGGCUCCGUUUUGAAUGGUAAUUUGGAAUCUUAUAGCCGGGUGUCAUCUAAGCUUAAGCUGGAAACUUUUGAAGAUGAAUAUACAGAAAAUGUCGAUUCAGCCUCGACUAAAUCUCAACAAAGUACUGGGGAUGCUGAAGCUGUUGGACAAGUGAAGACAAGUAGAAUUCCUGUUCGUUUAUAUUUGUGGACUGUCAACGAAGAUUUUGAUGAUUUUGAAGAUGCUCCAGUGAUUGAUAAUUGGGACAAAGUAUCAUAUAUCAAUCGACCCGUAGAGAUUCAUAAGGAAGAUGGCAAAUACUUUAGCUUAAACGAUGCGGUUAAGAGACUUCUGCCCGAGUACUUUCCGGAAAGUUCUUUUGGUAAUGAAGGAGAUGCAAGCAUAAACCAAAGUGCAGGGGAAGAGGGAGAAAAUUCAUGUGAUCCCGAGUCAUCUAGCCACACAGUCGAGAUUGCAGAAAUCAAGUGCGUGCGCAUUCAAGGAAUAGAACCGAGUUUAGAAGUACCUUUUUCUUGGGUGGUUAACAACUUAAUGAAUCCUGAGUAUUUCCUUCACAUGUGUGUUUGCUUGAAAGUUUCAGAGGCCAAUGCUUUGCAGUAGGGAUAAAUUUUACUAUUUUAGCCUUUCGAUUCUAUUUCACUGAAAAACACAAGAUGCAAUUCUUUUGUAUAUAGAUGUAUAGAAUGGUUUCAUAUUAUAUUGAUUUCCCAA